AAAAAAAAAAAAAAAAAUAUCAAUAAUAAUACUUCAACAUAAAAUUGGUAAAGAAAAUGAAUGAAAAAGAUGAGUUUUUUGAUUUCUUAUAUGGAAUUCAACUUCAUCAGUUUUAUGAAAAACUUAUAAAUGAUUUGCAUGUAUCCCAAAUCAAUCAUCUUGCUCACGUUAGCAAAGCGGAUCUGUUAUCUUUGAAUAUGUCAAAACCAGAAUCACGACGUUUAAUUGAAAGUUACAAAAGUUAUCAAAAACAAAGUGCUUUUAAAAAGUUAAGGAGAUCCUUUCGAAUAUCUAAGAAAGAAGUUGAUGAAAACUGUAAAUUUAUUAGCUCACCUCAAAACUGUAUUAGCAGCAAUUCAAAACCUGUUGUUAAGUGCCUAAUAAAAGAAAAUGAUAUAGUAUUCAAAGAUCUGAUUGGAAAAGGUGCAUUUGGUUAUGUUCAAAGUGCUGUUUGGACUGUUCAACAUAAUAAAACAAUUUUAGUUGCUGUAAAAUGUUUACAAGGAUCCAAAGAGAGUGGAAUUGCUGCAAUGCAGGAUGAGUUAAUUCAAGAAGCAAAUGCAAUGAGCAAAUUAACCCAUCCUAAUUUAAUUCGCUUGUUUGGUGUUGUUAUGGCCUCACCUAUGUGUCUUGUAUUUGAGCUUGCUCCUUUAGGAAGUUUAUUACGAAAAAUUCGAAAUGAACCAGAAAAAUUUCUAAUAUCGACUUUGUGUAGUUUUGUUGUCCAAAUCGUUGCAGGAAUGAAGUAUCUUGAGGCUCAUCAUUUUGUUCAUCGAGAUCUUGCUGCUCGCAAUAUACUAUUAAUGACAUAUGAAAAGGUAAAAAUAGGGGAUUUCGGUUUAGCAAGACCUUUAUCAAAUUCAUCUUAUUAUGUAAUGCAGCCUGAUACUCAAAUACCUUUAGCAUGGUGUGCACCUGAGUGUUUGAAUUUUGGAAAGUUUUCUCAUGCAUCUGAUUUGUGGUCAUUUGGAGUGACUGUUUAUGAAAUGUUUUCACUUGGAGCACAACCUUGGUCAGGUCUUAAUGGAUCCGAGAUUUUGCAUAAAAUUGAUGAGCCGAAUUUUGAGCGAUUAAAGAAGCCAUCAUAUUGCCCUAGCACAUUAUAUUCUAUUAUCAAUAAUACUUGUUGGAAACAUAUUCCCGAAGAGCGUGGUACAUUCAGUACUUUAGAGAAAGAACUUUUAAAUGUACUUCCUUAUGAAGUUACUGCUAUAUCAGCAAGAGUUAGUGAAAUGUCACAUCAGUUGUGUUAUUCUCAGGGGGAUAUUAUUACAAUUUUUGAAUCAAACAGUAAUAGUUUUAUGUGGAAAGGUCAAAAUCGAAGAACCGGAGCUGUGGGAUUUUUUCCAAGUGAAUAUGCUAACUUAAAACUUGGUACAAUUUCAGGUGUUUCAGAUAUGUUUGUUGUAACUUCAGAAAAUAUUAAAAGUGGAAAAAAGAUUUCUCCUCAAGAGGGAUGGCAAUUAACAAGUCAAUGUGCAUAUAACUUAUAUCAAAACAACAGCAUAAAGAAUAAUUUUUCAGAUACUGUUCUUAUAACCAAUGAUGUUCUUACUGAUGGCUCAACUUGCGAUGAAAGUCUUCUUUCUAUCAUGGAAGGCUCACUUCAUGAGAAAGAAAGUUUUUGCAGUUCGAGUAGUGCAGGAUCUGCAAGUGUUGAUUCUGGUUGCUGUGAGAGUGCCAAUGGUUCAGAUUUGUCACCUAGUUGUUUAAAAGAUGGUUUCUUACAUUCACAACCAUUAAAGGAAACACCUCCAAUAAAUAUUCCUUUUAAUUUGCAAAAAAAUACAGAAAAAAAUGAAUUAAAACUAUCUUCAACUCAAGAGUGUUUACACAUGACUAGUACAUCAUUGGACGCUAUGUGCAAAAAAGAAAAACAAUAUUGUAAAAUUUGUUCCAAUUUAAAUAAUGAAAGAAAUGAUUUUUUCGAAUGUCAGUUUUGUGAUAGCGGGUUUGAUUCUUUUCAUAUAUGUCUGAAGACAAUACAAAGAAAAUCAACUUCAUCAACUGAUACUGUCAAUAAUUCUUUUCCUGAUAUCAUUAUACAAAACAAGCAAUCCUCAUUUCCACCUAUAAAAAGAAGUUUUGAAAAUAAAUUAUUUGAUAUAACUUUUCCUAAUGAUGUACCUAAUGACAUUAAAAAAUCUGAAAGCUCGUCUUUAUCAUAUUCAAAUAUUCUAAAUGAAAGUUUAGUUGUUUAUGAUGUUUUGCCAAGCAUUUAUUCAAACCUUAAUACAUAUGAUAUUGUACCUAAACGACAUUUAGGUUUUGAAGAUAUUAAAUCAGAAAUUCUUUAUAACAUUCCAAAAAAGCCAAGCGAUCAAGAUGAACAAAAGAUUUUAAGCUUAUAUGAUACUCCAAAACCUCGUGCAGUUUCUGAAACAAGUACUCUGAAACCUCGUUCAGUUUCUGAAACAGAUGCUCUAAAACCUCGUACAGUUUCUGAAACAGAUUUGGAUGCUGAUAAAAAUACUUUACCUAUAAGACCUCCUCGCUUAAAAGCUAAAAGUAAACGUGAAAAUAAAAUACGGAGAUGUACUAUUAUUAAUGUAUAAAGUCUUAUUUUAAAAAUGAAAUGUAAAUAUUUUUUUAUGAAAAUAACCUAUAAAAUAUAACAAUUUAAAAAAAAA